AUGUUUAAAGAAGGUUGGAAUCUUCACAAAUUCGUAAAGUCAGCUUUACCAAAUGGAGUGAAUGCGAUUGGAGAUCCAAUUCUCCUUGAAGGAGGCCAAGCAGAUGGUAGAAUUAUGACGGAAUGUUUGAUUUCCAUGCUUGGAAUUGGAAUUUCUUGUUCUGCCGAAUCACCUACAGACAGGAUGGACAUUAGUGAUGCUGCUAUAAAGCUUCAUUCGGUCAGAGAUAAUUUUAGUCUUCCAUUGUAUGGAGAACCUUUUAACUCUGUAGGAAUGGGCUCUGUAUGCUUCUGGUCUUGUUUUUUAAACUCUGCUACUGUUUAUCUGUUGUUCUUUGCCAAAAGAACAUACUCACUUGCUGGAAAUGAGACUGAUCAACUAGCCCUGCUCGAGUUCAAGGCCGGAAUAGCUGCUGAUCCUUUGGGGGUCAUGACCUCAUGGAAUGGCACCAGCCACUUCUGCCAAUGGUACGGGGUUACUUGUGGCCGCCGGCACCGGAGGGUCAUGACCUCAUGGAAUGGCACCAGCCACUUCUGCCAAUGGUACGGGGUUACUUGUGGCCGCCGGCACCGGAGGGUCAUAAUGUUGGAAAUCCGUUCCUUAAAACUUGGGGGAACCAUAUCUCCAUACAUUGGUAAUUUGAGCUUUCUAAAGGUACUAGACCUUAGAAACAAUAGCUUCACUCAUAAUAUUCCUCCUGAACUUGGUCGUUUGAGAAGACUACAAGCACUAUACCUGCAUAAUAAUUCGCUCACUGGUGAGAUUCCACCCAAUAUUUCUGGAUGUUCUAACCUUAUUUAUUUAAGUCUUUAUGACAACAAUCUGAUAGGAAAAGUUCCUGUAGAGCUUGGCUCUCUCUCGAAGCUUCAAUUUCUUCUUGUAGCUAGGAACAAUCUAACGGGAACUAUCCCUCAUUCUCUUGGAAACUUAUCUUCUCUUACUCAUCUUUAUGCAACGUUAAACAACUUUGCUGGAAACAUUCCAGAUGCUUUAGGACGACUUAAAAAUCUUAAUUUUUUGGGCCUCGCUGCAUGUAAGUUGUCUGGCGUUAUCCCUUCUUCAAUAUUCAAUCUUUCUUCUAUUUCACAUUUUGAUACAGCAGACAACAAUUUUGAAGGAUUUCUUCCUGCGGAUUUGUUCAUCUCUCUUCCAAAAAUUCAGUUUGGGGGUUUUGGUUUUAACCAAUUUACCGGUCCCAUUCCUGAUUCAAUAUCUAAUGCUUCCAAUAUAGUCAUUCUUCAGUUGCAGGGAAACGCUCUCACAGGAAAAGUGCCUCCUUUAGAGAGAUUGAAUAUUCAAACGCUUCAUGCUAAUCACAAUCAUCUUGGAACUGGAGAAGUAGAUGAUAGGAGAUUUCUCUGUUCUUUGAUUAAUUCCAGCAUUUUGCAAAAGUUGAAUAUGGGCAAAAAUAACUUUGGUGGGUCCUUACCUGAGUGCAUUGGCAACUUGUCAUCCCAUCUUGAUGAGUUAGGUCUAUAUGAAAACCAAAUAUCUGGAAGCAUUCCAACUAGUAUUGGAAAUCUGGUCAACUUGUUGGAUUUGCAUGUGGAUGACAACAACCUUUCAGGUAUGGUUCCCCAAAGGAUUGGGAAUCUGCGAAAUAUAGUGGUUAUGAGUUUCAGUCAAAACAACUUCUUCGGACCAAUUCCAUCUUCUCUUGGAAACCUCACAAAGUUGAGUAUACUUUAUUUUGCUGGUAAUAAGCUUCAGGGUACUAUUCCUUCAAGUCUAGCUAAUUGCAACUAUUUGCAAGUGCUGGAUUUUUCUCAAAACAAUCUUAGUGGUAUCAUACCCCCACAAGUUAUUGGCCUCUCAUCCUUGUCAAUUUUUGCUAGUUUUGCACAAAACUAUUUCACUGGUUUGCUUCCAAUAGAGGUAGGCAAUUUGAAAGCCUUAGGUAUCUUGGAUGUCUCUGACAACCUAUUAUCAGGUGAGAUACCAAAAAGUCUUGGGAGCUGCACAAGUCUGGAGCACCUACGCAUGAAUGAGAACCGUUUCCAAGGAUCCAUUCCUUUCUCUCUCAGUUCAUUGAGAGGCAUUCAAGAAUUGGAUUUUUCUCACAACAACUUUUCCGGACAAAUUCCUGGAUUUUUGGCUAGUUUUAAUUCAUUGGUCAGUUUGAACUUAUCUUUCAAUGAUUUUGAAGGCAUAGUGCCUACUGAUGGAGUCUUCAAGAAUGCAAGCAUUACUUCAGUUAUGGGAAACAAAGGCAUAGUGCCAACUGAUGGAGUCUUCAAGAAUGCAAGAAUUACUUCAGUUAUGGGAAACAGCAAGCUAUGUGGAGGCAUUCCUGAGUUCCAACUGCCUGUUUGCCACCUACUGCCUUUGUUUGCAACCUUCAAGAUCCAACAAGAGGAGACUUAA